CCAGUCCAGGCACUCUGGUAAGGGCAGCUCGACUUCUGCACUCUGUGAGCUGAUGUUCAAUGAUUACAGCCAAAAGCAAAGAAGCGAUGCAGAAUGGAAGGCUCAAGGAAAAUAAUGCAUUGCAGAGGGUCUUGCAUAUCCCAGUGGUGAAUUCAGCAUGCAACACCCUCCAGAAGACGUACACCACCACCAAAGAGGCCCAUCCCUUGAUGGCGUUAGUGUGUGGGGCUUAUGAACGGUGUGUCCAGAGGGUCACCUCCCUGGCUGCGUGGAGCGUGAAUCCUGUGGUACAGAAGCUGGAGCCUCAGGUGGCAGCAGCCAAUGUUCUGGCUUGUCAAGGUUUGGAUCGCUUGGAGCAGAGGAUUCCUGCCCUACACCAGCCAGUGGAGAAAGUUACAUCUGAUCUAAAGGAUUCAGUCUUAACUCACAUCCAAAGUGCUCUGCACUCCGUCAUGGACACCUUGGACAAAGUCUUUGGACUGUCUGCCAAAGGUUAUGAGCAGUCCGAGAGCAUUGUGAAGGACACCAAAGAGUUUGCCAGCAGCCGCCGAGUGAUCCAAACGGUAAAAGCUGGAGGAGAUGCGACAAUUGGCAAGCUGGAGAAAGCGAAACAUCCAAAAGCUGAGCACAAGUCAGCUCAUGAGCCUCCAGGGUUAUGUGUGUCAAAUGAGGUAUCUCAAACCAGCACCUUGGGGAGAAUAAAAACCUUAGCUACUGGACUUUCCUGGCAUGCCUACAAACAGACAGUCCAAACCAUCCAGCAUACACGAGACAAAGGACAGGAAUUGGCUAUGUGGAUCCCAGGUCUGGGUGGUCUGGCCAGCCAGAGUGCAGCGAAGGCCUUGCAGGUCAUCUCUGGUGUUUUGAACACAGCAACUGGAUGGCUAAGCAGCAGGCAGGGAAAGGUGCCGGAGAAAGAGGAGGAAGCCAAGAAAGAAGAGGAUGGCCAAAGAAGCAAGACAGCAGAGAAGGCAGAGAUAGGGAACCUGCUGGCCAGCCUGGCUCGGAGACUUCAUACAGCCUCCCUCGCCGCCAUCUCGAGCAUGUUGAAUGUCCCCUUCACUGCUUGGAACACAGCUGGGCAGCUUUUACACAUCUCUCCGCGCAAGGCUGCGUCUGAGGCAGCGGGCAUAUUGGGCAUGUUGCCGGUUACCUUAUGCAGCCUGCUUGGAACCAUCUUCCGCUAUGUACCCCUUCCAAAGGUCCAGGAGAAACAAGAGCAAACUGCAAGCAGGACUGGGGUUCAUUCAGAGUCAUGCCAAGAGCUGGAAGGCCCUCAGUCUAUCGCUACCCACCCCAAGGAGAGUGGGGGUAUUUUCCCACUGCAAGGGGAGAGGCGAUCGAGUCGAGGUCACUUUCCACUCCCUUUCCUCAACCUUGACGAGCCCCUCCUUCCACAGCAAGCCCCCUACCCAUCUCGGGGCCCAGCUUUCGACGCAGAGUAUACCGGACCCCGCACGUCAGCCUUCUCCCCCUACAAGGACGGGGUUGGCACCAGGAGACGGAGUGAAGGGCUGUUCCGUCCCAGCCCAGAAGUGACGUACACCAGGGCUCACUACGGCGGCCUCUAUAGCACCACUUUUAAGAAAGACUGAGCCAUGGGCCUUCUAAACCACAGGUGGGCAGAAGGUCUACUCCAGAUGUCUGGGACUUCAACUCCCAGAAUUCCUGACCAUUGGCCAUGUUGGCCAGGGGGUUUGGGGAGUUGAAGUCCAAAACAUCUGGAGAUCAGCCUUCUGUCCACCCUUGGUCUAAACCUUCCUCUUACUGGCUUAGUCUGACUUUACUGUGCUUAGUGGGUUUGCAAGCUUGGUGUUGUGACAGUAGAUCAAUCAGAGCCAUAGUAGACAAUAGGAUAUAGGUGUGAAAGCAUUUGAUGUGUCUGGGGCUAGAUCUACACUUCUGCUGUAUAGCAGUAUUGAAGUGCAUUGCUAACCGUUGGGGCACAGGACACAUUCCAUAUACCGCUUUCAUCAUGUUAUUUCCGGCUUUUUAUUCCACAUUCGUAACGAUUUGACACAAGGUGUAGAUCUGUCCCAGCUUUUUUCUUUCAAAAUAAUUGCCAGGGUGUGUGAGAAAGAGAGAUCAGGAUUGGGACUGCAUUUCCCCUAUGAGCUGAUCGGUGGGAGAUUCAGGACAAAUAAAAGGAAGGACUUCUUCACACAGCACAGAUUUAAAUUAUGGAACUCACUGCCACAAGAUGUAGUGAUGGCCACCAAUUUGGAUGGCUUUAAAAGAGGGUUGGAUAAAUUCCUGGAGG